CUGUGUCAUUUACAUACGCCUCACUGGUGCCAGCAGCACAGCAACCUGGGUUCGCGUAGCACCACAGACUCUUUCUGAAACAGCCUCCCUUCCUCUGCUUCCUGCAAUGGCCCUGGGCUUCAUGGUCCUGCUCCUGGUGGAGCUGGCGGGGACAGCUUCCAGGGCUCAGCCCGUGCUGACCCAGCCAUCCUCUGUGUUGGUGCUGCCCGGGCAGACUGCUCGGCUGUCCUGCAUCCUGAGCCCCCAGUACAAUAUCAGUGAGUUCGGCAUCUCCUGGUACCAGCAGCGCCCAGGGCACUCCCUGAGGUAUCUGCUCUAUUACAACUCCGAGCGAGACAAGCACAAGCCUGCCAAGAUUCCUGACCGCUUCUCUGCUACCAAAGACCUCGCCAGCAAUGCCUGCAUCCUCAUCAUUGCAUCUGCUCACUAUGAAGACAAUGGCAACUAUUACUGCGCCCUGUCACAUGCCUUCAACUGGUUUUAGAAACAGGGAACAAAAGCUUUCUGCCUUUUCCCUUGCAACCCUGAUGCAAAGCCCUCAACUGGGAGAGCAGCAGCCCUAGGAGGAAUGGAAGAAGACCUUCUUGCAUCCUUAAGCAAGCCCAGCAGCGCUGUGCUGUUCCAUGAGGUGCAGCAACCUCCUCUUUGUCCCCAGACAUCCCACAUGGAGCAUCACACAGCCUGACACAGUGCAAGCCCUGGCAGGGCUCAGCCCAGGGACACACGGGCGUGGGGACAUCCUGCUGCGGUGGGAGGAUGGGUGCUCUGCCAUGGCCUGUCUUUCCUGGGCUAUUCCAGCACUUGGCACAACCCGGAGUGACCCUGGCUUAGGCUUCUGCACAGUUUAGCUCACCUGAUAAUAAAGGUUAACCCUUAACCUCA